AUGGACUCCUAUGUGGUGAGCUGUAAAUAUGUUGAGCCGCAGUUCCCGCCUUGUGAAGAGGAUUACAGUCAUUUUAGUGACCAAGGGGGGUAUUAUAACCCCCAGGACAGUAAUAGGUAUGGUGAGGGCUACCAGCCCCCUCCACCGCCAUACACACCACAACAAACCGGCUACCAGGCUCCUGUCCAGGGGCCAGGACACAAGGAGCCUCUCCCUGGCUGCAGAGAGCACAACGCCGCGGCCAAGGAGCGCUUCUCCGCGGGGGAUCCAUGCCAGGCCUGGCUGACCUGUAAGCAGUCUCAGGUGCAGAGGAAGGCGAUAUGCCAGGGCAAAGAGAGGCCGCCAGUGGUGGUCUACCCGUGGAUGAAGAAAGUGCACAUUAACCAUGUCAACCCCCACCACCUCGGACCAGAGCCCAAGCGCCUGCGGACGGCUUACACGCGGCAGCAGGUCCUGGAACUGGAGAAGGAGUUCCACUUCAGCCGCUACCUGACGCGCCGCCGCCGGGUUGAGGUGGCUGGGGUGCUCUGCCUAGCCGAGCGGCAGGUCAAGGUCUGGUUCCAGAACCGCCGCAUGCGGUGGAAGAAGGAUCACAAGCUGCCGAACACCAAGGGGAAGAACAAGAACAAGAAGCCCGCAGACAGCGGCCCUCCCCGCCUUGAGGGGCUGGCGGUGGUCUGAGCCUCGGCAGAGGCUCGGUGGAACAUUGGUACCGGUACCGGAGAGGAGAGGGCCGGUACCGGAGUGGAGAGAGUCGGUACCGGAGAGGAGAGGUCGUUACCGGAGAGGAGCGCCGCCGCCCGGUGCGCAGUUCCCUCAGACUCCGAGGGGAUGGACGCGCUGAAGAAAACAGGGUUUAUUUUUACAGGGUACACAAACAGGGUUUUUUCUUUACUGAAGUUGUU